GAGGCAGCAGCACAUUCAUUCAAGUCCUCAGAUGGUUAACACUGUACAUAACCUCCUCACAAAUUGCACAGCUUCAGCAGCAACACAUCCAUUAGUCUGGAAAAGACAGCGUUCCCAAGUGGUUCCUGUGCAUUUUCCCCCCAAUUCUCUUGUCACAGACCAAUCCUCUGUGUGCUUUUCCUGUAUGUAGGGAGUGUUCAGCACUAAUCAGGUCAAUGAUCAUCCCAAGACUCAAGGGACCUGACAGGAGCUUUAGUUAGAGGAUCUCUCGGACCAGGGCUCGGCUGGUAGGAAAUAUAACAUUAAAGCAAACAGCUCACUUGCAACACUAUCUUACUCGCUACGGGAGAGAACAUCUCUGGAUUCCAGCUUGUCUUUUUUUUCCUUUGGCUCCAGUAAAAGGCAGGAUAAAAAUAAAAGACAGCACAAAACAAGCAGCUUCUGUGCCGUGUGGCUGUUGGAUUCUUCAGAAUCUGAAACACUGCUUCUUGAUUUCACUGCUGUAGGGCAGAAGGCAUCUCAAUAAGAAAUCAAUUUAAAAAUCUCUUCCCUGAAUAAGGAAAAAUGACACAUAAAGAUGCUUUAACAUUCUGAAAAGAUUUUUCCAGUAUGUUUCCAUUUUUCUCACCAUCAGAGCAAGAAGCAUCUGGGAUUUAGAAGGUCUUUUUAAUCUAAAUAAAACAUUUCAACACAUUGGUAUAUUGAAAUGGAUCAGAAUGCUACUUUCUGAGAAUUAUGCAUCUUUUCUUGGUUUUGUAUGUCAGCUAAAUAUAAAACUGUGAAAUGCAUUAUCUGAUAAGGAAUUUAUGAAACCAUAAAAGCUUUGCUGGCACAGAGCAUGGACUCAUUGGAGCUGUCAGUUAUGAUGGGGUUCUCAGACUCCUUCUCCUAGUAAUACAUUCUCCAUUCUGAAAGGAAGCCUUUAAUAACCAAAAAGGAUUUGAAUUUUCUAUUAAAUUGCUUAAAAAAAACCUGUUGAAGCUGUUAUUUGAAAAAUAAAUCUACAUCUUCAUCCUGAAAUUAUGCACUCGGGGAUGGAUAUAAAUGUGACAGCAAAGUUGUCAGCUAGAGAAGGGAUACAUCAUUUUAUAUUACCACAGUAAAAGUCCAUGUUGCAUGGUGAAGUUAAAAAAAGUUCAAAGCUGGAUCCUACAAUUUUGCUGCCCGUAUUGGAAUUUUAACUACCCGGCAGUAGGGAAGUCUUUUCCAAUGCUUACAAGGAACUCCUUAUCGCUUCUUCUCUGGUUCCUUUUUGAUGGAGGUCUUUUAACACCAUUGCAGUCACAGCAGCCACCACAGAUUUCAUCACCGAAGCAGAGAGAAAAUGCUAUUAUCACAAUGCCAGGAAGAAGAUCAGCCGCUCAGCGAGUUAAACGGGGAUGGGUAUGGAAUCAGUUCUUCGUGCUUGAAGAAUAUAUGGGUUCUGAGCCACAGUAUGUGGGAAAGCUUCAUUCUGACUUGGACAAGGGAAUAGGGUCAGUAAAGUAUACUCUACUAGGCGAUGGCGCUGGAACAAUCUUUACAAUUGAUGAUACAACAGGGGACAUCCAUGCAAUUAAAAGCUUGGACAGAGAAGAAAAGCCCUUCUACACAUUACGUGCACAAGCUGUGGAUAUAGUUACUGGAAAACCUGUGGAACCAGAAUCUGAAUUUAUUAUCAAAGUGCAGGACAUUAAUGAUAAUGAGCCAAAAUUUCUUGAUGGUCCUUAUGUAGCCAGUGUUCCUGAAAUGUCUCCAGUUGGUGCUUAUGUGCUUCAGGUGAAAGCGACAGAUGCAGAUGACCCAACAUAUGGAAGCAGUGCAAGAGUGGUUUACAGCAUUCUUCAGGGACAGCCUUACUUUUCUAUUGAUCCUAAGACAGGAGUCAUCCGAACAGCAUUACCAAACAUGGACAGAGAAGUGAAAGAACAAUAUCAAGUACUAAUCCAAGCAAAGGACAUGGGAGGACAGCUGGGAGGAUUAGCAGGAACCACCACUGUCAAUAUCACUCUCACGGAUGUCAAUGACAAUCCACCCCGCUUCCCCAAGAGUAUAUUUCAUUUAAAAGUACCAGAAGCUUCUCCAGUUGGAUCACCAAUUGGAAAAAUUCGUGCAGUUGAUCCUGAUUUUGGAAGAAAUGCAGAAAUUGAAUACAGCAUUGUUCCAGGAGAUGGAGGAAAUCUGUUUGAUAUCAAAACAGAUGAUGACACACAAGAAGGGAUUAUUUUUCUUAUAAAGCCACUUGACUUUGAGACCAAGAAAGCAUAUACAUUUAAAGUCGAAGCCACCAAUGUUCAUCUGGACCACCGAUUCAACUCUGUUGGGCCAUUUAAAGAUAUUGCCACUGUAAAAAUAAAUGUUUUAGAUGUCGAUGAACCUCCCGUUUUUAGCAAACCUUUCUAUACGAUGGAGGUAUAUGAGGACACCCCCACUGGCACAAUUAUUGGAGCUGUAACAGCACAAGACCUUGAUAUUGGAACCAGUCCGAUUCAAUAUUCUAUUGAUGCCCAGACUGAUGCUGACAACAACUUUGUAGUGGAUGCCAAUGAGGGAACUGUGGCAACGAAUGCAUUGUUAGACCGGGAAAGUACUGCACAAUUUAACAUAUCUAUUAUUGCAAGUAAAGUUAACAAUCCUCAAUUGGCCAGCCUAGUGAAAAUCAUCAUAAAUGUUUUGGAUAUCAAUGAAUUUCCACCAGAAGUAUAUUUGCCCUAUGAGACAUCAGUCUGUGAAAAUGCGAAACCAGGACAGAUCAUCCAAAUUAUUGGUGCCGUUGACAGGGAUAUGUCACCAGCAGGACAGAUUUUUUCCUUCAGACAGCCACCUGAUUCUUCAGCAAACCCCAAUUUUACCAUCCAUGACUACAAAAAUAACACAGCUGGAAUACAAGCACAAAAGCAUGGAUACAGCCGUAGACAGAAAGAAUUUUAUCUCCUCCCAGUGGUUGUAGAGGACAGCAGUUAUCCUAUUCAAAGCAGCACAAGCACAUUGACUAUAAGAGUUUGCAGAUGUGAUUCUAAAGGUGUUGUUUUGUCUUGCAACGUUGAAGCUAUUUUUUUACCAGUAGGGUUAAGCACUGGUGCUUUAAUAGCAAUCUUACUGUGCAUCAUUAUACUUUUAGUUAUAGUUGUACUUUAUGUGGCAUUAAGACGACAGAAAAAGAAAGAUGCCCUUAUGACCUCAAAAGAAGAUAUAAGAGACAAUGUCAUUCAUUAUGAUGAUGAGGGUGGUGGCGAAGAGGACACUCAGGCAUUUGACAUUGGUGCACUUAGAAAUCCAAAGGUAAUAGAAGAGCAUAAAGUUCGCAGAGACAUAAAGCCGGAACAUCUUUGUUUGCCUCGUCAAAAGCCACCAUCAGAAUUUAACACUGACAUUAGAGAUUUUAUUAAUGAGAAGCUACAAGAGCAUGACGCAGAUCCAAAUGCGCCACCAUAUGACUCAUUAGCAACAUAUGCUUAUGAAGGAACUGGAUCUGUAGCUGAAACUCUGAGUUCAAUAGAGUCACAAAAUAUGGAGAUGGAACAGGAAUAUGAUUUUUUAAGUGACUGGGGACCUCAUUUUAAAAGCUUGGCAGAAAUGUUUGGAAAAGAAAAUUAUAAUCUGGACAAAAUAACUUAAUUUCGAGAAAAGAAGAAUGACAAACAAUUAAAAGCUUUACCUGGACUAUGUAAAAAGAACACAAACACAAUUUUAUAUUAAAAUAUUUAUCAUUAUUUUUUUUUGUGUGUAUCACAGAGAGAUUGACCCUGCAAUGAAAGUGCACACGUUUUGCUAUUUUCAUUGAAACUGAGAAAAACUCAGGUCUAUUACAUAGAUUUAAAGACAUGACAACUGUGGCAUCAAGGUGGAAAGAGAGGCAGAUUUUUUUCUUAAUUCCACUAAAGUGCCUAUUGAAACUUUGAGAUUUAAAAUGCUAGUACUGAUGUAUGCAAUCUAACUAGAAUAUAUAUUUUACCUUCCACAUAUUUUUCCCUUUAAUAGAAAGUUGAAAUCCUAUAUUGGUUGUCCUAGACAGGGAUAUCUAGACAUUCUACCUAAAAACCCACUAAUAUUUGUAGCCACUAGAGUUAUGUUAUUAUUCUCGACACUGAGAAACUUUAUUGACAGAUCCGAUUUCCACUAAAUGCAUAUAUAAAAUAUUUAUUUAACAGACAGUGGGAAAAAUAAUAAAUAUGGAAUAUGUUUUAUUUGCCAAAAUUAAACUGUUUCUUUGUUUUGAAUAUUGGUUAAUUUAGGUGUAGAAAAGCAUUCCAUCAUUUUCAAGGUAUGUUCACACAGGUAAAUGGGGUUAGCACAUACAUAUUAAAGAUUAUUUUCUAUAUGAGUGCAAUAUCAUAGUUAAUUACUCCAUUUAGCAAUAUUAUUCUAAUAUGACUACAUGUCUGAAUCAUUAAUUUUCUUAAGAUGUUUCAGUACUAAAUAUCAUCAAAAUUUACAAAUUACAUGUUAUCAAGGGAGUAAAGCUGUAGUUUAGUAACAUCAGGGUUGUGUUCAAAAGCAAUAUUGCUUUUGAUAAAAC